AUGAAGUUCUUCAGCAACGAUCUCAGCCUGUUCUCUACAGGUCUGCUGCUCCUCGCCUCCGUCGGCGACGUUUCAGCCCAGUGCGCUCUCCCCUCCAGCUACAAGUGGACUUCCAGCGGCGCUCUCGCCCAGCCCAAGUCCCCCUGGGUCUCCCUCAAGGACUUCACUGUCGCUCCCUACAAUGGCGGCCAGCUUGUCUACGCCACUAAUUACGGCACCUCUUGGGGAUCCAUGGCUUUCAGCGUCGUCUCCAACAUCAACCAGCUCGGCUCUGCCACCCAGACCGGCAUGACCUCUUCUGCCGUCGCCCCUACUCUGUUCUACUUCCAGCCCAAGAACGUCUGGAUCCUGGCUCACCAGUGGGGUCCCACCAAAUUCUCGUACAGAACCUCCAGCAACCCUGCUAACGCCAACGGCUGGUCUGCUGCUCAGCCUCUCUUCACCGGCAACAUCGCCGACUCGGACACUGGCCCCAUCGACCAAACCGUCAUUGGUGACAGCAAGAACAUGUACCUGUUCUUCUGCGGUGACAACGGCCGCAUCUACCGCGCUAGCAUGCCCAUUGGCAACUUUCCCGGCAGCUUCGGUUCCGCCUCGCAGAUCGUCAUGCAGGACACCAAGGCGAACCUCUUCGAGGCUGUGCAGGUCUACUCCCUCAAGGGACUGAACAAGUACCUCAUGAUUGUAGAGGCCAUGGGCAGCAACGGAAGAUUCUUCCGCUCCUUCACUGCCACCAGCCUCGACGGCCAGUGGACCCCCAACGCUGCCACAGAGCAGAACCCCUUCGCCGGCAAGGCCAACAGUGGUGCCACCUGGACCAACGACAUCAGCCACGGAGAGCUCAUCCGAACCAGCGCUGACCAGACCUUCCCCGUCGACCCUUGCAACCUUCAGCUCCUCUACCAGGGCCGCAACCCCAACGUUGGUGGCGACUACAACACUCUUCCUUACCGCCCUGGUCUGCUCACCCUCAAGAAGUAA